AUGGAGGAUCCCUUCACUCCCUCGACUCUGCGGCCGGCACCCAACCACUCGGAAUCCAACUCUCUGGGCUGGGGUCUCAACCUGACUUCCGGUCAGGGAGUUCACGCCCAGGGGCCUCCAUCGCCCGGGCCGCACAGCCGCCGCGUCCGCCUGGUCUUCCUAGGGGUCAUCCUGGUGGUGGCGGUGGCCGGCAACGCCACGGUGCUGUGCCGCCUGUGCGGUGGCGGCGGGCCCUGGGCGGGGCCCAAGCGUCGCAAGAUGGACUUACUGCUGGUGCAGCUCGCUCUCGCCGACCUGUACGCGUGCGGGGGCACCGCGCUAUCGCAGCUGGCCUGGGAGCUGCUGGGCGAGCAGCGCGCGACCGCAGGCGACGUGGCGUGUAGCUUCGUGCAGCUGCUGCAGGCGUCCGGCCGGGGUGCCUCCGCCCACCUCGUGGCGCUCAUCGCCCUCGAACGCCAGCGGGCGGUGCGCCGUCCGCUGAGCCCGCCGCUGCCUACGCGCGCCCUCGCUGCGGUGGGCUGGCUGCUGGCUCUGCUGCUCGCGCUGCCACCGGCCUUCGUGGUGCGCGGGGGCGCCCGGUCGCCGCCGCCGCCCGCUGCGCCCCCGGCAGCCCGCGCCUGGCCAGGGGAGCGUCGCUGCCGUGGCAUCUUCGCGCCCCUGCCACGAUGGCACCUGCAGGUCUACACGCUCUACGAGGCCAUCGCGGGCUUCAUGGCGCCCGUGGCGGUCAUGGGCGUCGCCUGCAGCCUUCUGCUCUGUGCCUGGUGGCACCGCCGGCCCCAGGCCGUGGCGGCGGCGGCGCCCUGGUCGGCAAGCCCCGGCCGAGCUCCAGUGGCCAGCGCCCUGCCCCGCGCCAAGGUGCAGAGCCUGAAGAUGAGCCUCGCGCUGGCGCUGCUGUUCGUGAGCUGCGAGCUGCCCUACUUCGCGGCCCGACUGGCGGCCGCGUGGUCGUCGGGGCCCGCAGGAGACGUGGAGGACGAGGGCCUGGUGGCGGCGCUGCGCGUCGUGGGGGUGGCCCACAACGCCUUCAAUCCGUUCGUCUACCUCUUCUUCCAGGCAGGCGACGGCCGGCAGCGGCUGCGGAGGCGCCUGGAAGCCGUCUUCUGCGCGCAUAAAGGAGUCGCGGAGGACGACGAGGGGGCUCGCAGACACCCGGUGCUCCACCGCCACCGCUGGCCCCACCCCCACUAUCACCAUGCUCGGCGGGAGCGGCCAGACGAGGGCUGUCUGCGCCCACCCCCGCCGCGCCCUCGGCCGCUGCCCUGCUCCUGCGAAAGCGUCUUUUAGGUACUUGAUGGCCAAAGGCAGAUCAGCUGUCGCCGCGACGCAGCCUUCACGGAACAUGAAGUCCGCGGGAUCUGUCUAGAAGACUGCACAACUGGAAGAAGAGUGUCCGAGAGAGUCACACUGAAGCUGUCCCUUUCCUCAGUUCUCUUAUUAUAUUUCCUUCGAAUGCGUCUAUUUUCCUACUCUUAUAGUUUCUUUUCUCCCAUCCAGUCCCUCUUACAAUUCCCCAAUUGUGGUGAAGAGAGAACCUUUGAGAACUUGUAAAAACUAAGUCAAAGACAGAGUUCUUAUUUUUGCAGUUCUACUUCAUGCUCCCAUAGAGUUGUGGAUAGGCCAUUUAUUUUAGGUAAAUUGCUAAGCUUUUGGUCUUUGCUUUGUUAUUAUCUGUUCUUAUUUCUUUUGAAUCAUGUUUAAAUCAUGGGUACCUUCGGGACCAGGGAAUUUGCUUGUCUUUCAAGGAGGAAAAUCCCCACGUUGCUCUCCCUGAGGAGACUGGAAGUUGUACAAGCGAUACUGUCAGAAAUAUAAUCAUGCUGUCACUUCAGAGCC